AUGGUAACGGGGAGUGUGGGGGCUCUGGUACGGACGGUGGCCUCUGGCCUCCUGCUCUUCCUGGGGCUGCAUUGCCGCUGCCCUGCCCGGCCUCCUGCUGUCCCCCACCAAACUGGGGAGCCAUGGGGGUUACUGCCCCGCGUGCACCCCACUGUGGACAUCUCCAUCCUCAAAGGCGAGAAGAGCAAACCAGGGGUCGCAGGUCCCUCCAGCAACGGCGGGAAGGAGGGUCUGCCAGGUGCCCGAGGCCUCCAGGGCCGCAAAGGCCAGGGGCAGGCAGGGCCGCCGGGUUCCCUGUGUCCACGCACCUGCGCGGCCUUCUCGGUGGGCCGGCGGGAGGGCCUGCACAGCACUGACCGCUUCCAGGCUGUGCCCUUCGACACGGAGCUGGAGAACCUGGAGGGGGCCUUCCAUCUGCCGUCCGGCCGCUUCCUGUGUGCCAUGCCGGGCGUGUACUUCCUGAGCCCCAGCGUGCACACGUGGGACCACAAGGAGACCUACCUGCACAUCAUGUGCAACGGGCGGGCCGCCGCUGUGCCGUGCCAGCCCAGCAAGCACAGCGUCAUGCAGACCCAGAGCCUGGGGCUGCCACGCGCCGGCGACGCCGUCUGGGUGCGCGUGUUUCAGCGUGACCGCGACAACGCCAUCUACGGCGAGCACGGCGACCUCUGUAUCACCUUCAGCGGCCACCUGGUCAAGCCGGCCAUGGAGCUGUAG